GUCGUUUUAGGUGGGGGGGAGGCGGAGUAGGAACGGAGAGAAGCCGAACGCUUCCGAGCAUCAGCAUUGAGGGCACCACCCAUCAUCGAGCUGCCAGAACCUCGGGCGGCCGUCGCCAUUUACCGAGCCCCAAGUCCUCCGUCUCUGUCUUUCUCUUUUCUGUUUCAUCUCUUUCCAUCGUAGAGCUCUCUUGGCGGCGCAUCCGUCACACAGUCAGAGUUUGCCUAGCUCCACAAAAUCUGUAAGCAUGACGCUCCAUUCAGUUGUGAUUCAGAAACUGCUGAGCACCAAUGCCCAGAUUGGUCGCCGAGUUGCUGGCCACCAUUUGAAAGUAUACACUUAUGGCAUGCGCAACAAAAUGGUCAUCUUUGAUUCCGAUAAGACCUUAAUUUGUAUGCGCAGUGCCCUCAACUUCAUUGGGUCGCUUGCUCGGCAAAGGGCUCGUUUCAUGUUUGUUAAUACCAAUCCUCUGUUCGAUGAAAUUUUUGAGCAAAUGACGAAGAAAAUUGGUUGCUACAGCCCCAGUGUGAAUGCCCUUUGGCGCACUGGUGGGUUCUUGACCAAUAGUAACAGCCCCAAGAAGUUUCGAUCUCGGAGCAAGAAGCUCAGCUUUGGUCCUACUCAACCACCUGAUUGUGUUGUUAUUGUGGACACUGACAGGAAAUCAACGGUUAUAAAGGAGGCUAAUAAACUGCAAAUUCCUAUUGUAGCUUUGGUUGAUUCUAGCAUGCCAUUGGAAUUUUACGAGCGAAUUGCAUAUCCUGUUCCUGCUAAUGAUUCCGUGAAAUUUGUGUAUACGUUCUGUAAUUUGAUAACCAAGACAUUAUUGCUCGAGCAGAAGAACUUAUCCAGCACUGAAGAUGCAAGUCAAAACGCCCGAGAAGCCAAGCGUAUCAAAGAGCAGAAAAGAAAGAUUAAGUUUACAAAGGGCGAAAUAACUGUUAUCCCUUAUGCUGAUAUAACUCCCGUUGCUGAAGCAGAUAUGGAAGAGACUAAGAAGCUUUUGGACAAGCUUGUUGUUGUGAAGCUCAAUGCUGGAUGGGAAACAAAGACGAUGGGUUUGGACAUCCCAAAAUCUGCUGUUGAUAUCUGUGAUGAGAUGACCUUUAUGGACUUAAUUAUCAACCAGAUUGAGACUCUCAAUUCCAAAUAUGGAUGCGGGGUUCCCUUGGUUCUUUUGAACACAUCUGACAUUCAUGAUAAUACUUUAAAGAUCUUGGGAAAGUAUUCGACAUCAAGCAUCAACAUACAAGCUUUUAAGCAGGAUCAAGGUUUAGAAGAAAAAUUAUCUGGUGAUCAUUCUAGCAGGGGGAAAGCGUAUCCUUUUGAAAACGGUGGUGCAUUCCUUUCACUAGCAGAAUCAGGAACCCUUGAUCAAUUAUUGGCACAGGGCAAGGAGUAUAUCCUUGUAAUCAACUCGGACAAUGUGGCUUCUGCCAUUGAUCCAAACAUAUUAAAUUAUUUGCUUAACAAUAAAAUUGACUAUUGCAUUGAGGUGACUCAAGGCCAUUCCUUAGAUACUCUCUCACAGCCAAAGAGUUUUAAGCUUCUGGAAAUUGCUCGAAAUCCUGAUAAACAGAUGAAGGACGAAGUUAAACUUAUUGAUACAACAAACAUGUGGGUGAACUUGAAAGCCGUUAAGAGACUUGCAGACACUGAUAAACUAAAGUGCAACAAUGAAUCAGUUUCAAAGGAAAAUGACAUUGACCAAAAUCUUAUACAAAAAACAGCACCUGGAUCAACAAUACAGUUGUUUGAUCGUGCAAUUGGUGUCAGUGUACCUGAAUCUCGUUAUCUUCCACUAAAUAGAACAUCAGAUUUACUCCUUACACAGUCAGACCUAUACACUUCCAAGGAAGGUGUUUUAACUCGUAAUCCAAACAGAGCUGAUCCUGUAGAUCCUGAGAUUCACUUGGGACCUGAAUUUGAAAAGGUUGGAGACUUUCUAUGUCGGUUCAAGUCUAUCCCCAGUAUUGUUGGGUUGGAUAGUUUGACAGUAAGAGGUGACGUGUGGUUUGGGGCUAAUAUUACUCUGAAGGGGGUGGUGACUAUUGCUGCAAAACCUGGGAUGAAACUUGAGAUUCCAGAUGGAGUAGUGAUCCAGAACAAGGUGGUCAGUGACCCUGCGGACAUCUAGGGAAUUAUGGUUUGUUGAUUCUCAUGCUUAUUAAGCAGGGGAAGCUUUGGACUUUGCGAUAUUUAGCUUAGCAGUCAGCCAUCUGUAAGCGGUUUAGUUUCUCUGGAGCCAAAGGCUUUUAGGUUUCAGAAAUAAAAAAGAGGUCACUUGCAUAUUCUUUCAAUCAUGGUAGCCAGGUUUUUUGGAUUAAAAAAAAAAAAAUAGUUGAAACCAAGGCAUGCUUCCAGGCUCACACAGUGUUAGUAGAAGUAAUUACAGAUUGUCUACCAACAAAGUAUUUACAUUAGCAAUAGGAUUUGAACUCAUGAUUUUGUGAAAUAUGAGUCAACUCUGCAGAUAUUUAUAUUAUGAUUCUUUACUUUUUCGUGUUUAUUA